AUGGUGCUGGUCCAAAUGGUGAAUUUUGUACUACGCUACGGCAAGUGGCGCCGUAAAACAGUUGACGGUACUGCGCGAUUUGCGCUUGUGAUUUUUGGUGGGCAUGACCUUGACCCUGCCCCGGCCGAUAUGCUUACAGAAGACUCAGCAGCAGGUGAUGGACCUGUGACUGGUUGUUCUCACUACCUCGACCGCGUAAGUAAGCUUGUGAUCUGGCUGGAACGGCAAUUUGACCUUCGUUUUGGGUGUCAUGACGUCUCUGGGAUUCUGUCAACUGUGUCGUGA